AUGGAAAUCGAAAUUGUUUCCAAAGAAUGCAUAAAACCAUCGUCCCCAACACCAUCCCACCUGAAAACAUUCAAGCUUUCUGCGUUGGAUUACAUCGUUUUAACUCCUUUCAUUCCAGUCACAUUGUACUACCCAAAUUCUGAUGGCAUAACCAUUACUGAAGCUCUCGAAAGGUCUACCACUCUAAAAGAAUCUCUGUCAAGAACAUUGACGCAGUUUUACCCUCUCGCAGGUACCAUAUUAGAUGAUUUUACCAUUGACUGUAACGACAACGGUGCUCAGUAUAUUGUCGCCAAGGUUCAUCGUCGUCUUGACGAGUUUCUGAACAAUCUUGACCUCCCAUCGGUGAAUAGGUUUUUACCAUGUGAACCGAGUUUCAGUGGGUCAACUGCAGGUUCUCCUGUGACUAACGUUCAAAUCAACAUUUUCGAAUGUGGUUCCAUUGCUAUUGGCUUGUGCAUCUCGCACAAGGUCAUUGAUGGUGCUGCACUGACAGUUUUCCUAAAGGGAUGGACCAACAUGGCUUGUGGAUCAACCGAAAUGGUGUACCCGAACUUCACGGCACCAUCUCUUUUCCCUCAGAAGGUCUUGUCCCUUAGAGCGACAUCAAUGGGGCUAUCUAUGCCGCUGUUAAAGCAAGGGAAAUGUACCACAAGAAGAUUCGUGUUUGAAUCAGAUUCGGUAGCCAAACUGAAAGCCGAAGCAAUAGAAAACGGUCUCCAACGGGCAUCACGUCUCGAGGUUGUAUCCGCUUUCAUCUGGAAGUGUGCCAUGGCAGCUUCUAAAGAAGUUUGUGGAUUCCAGAAAGCAUCUGGUUUAAGCCAAAUCGUGAACCUUCGCACAAAACUCAACCAACCCAUGUCACAGAACUUCAUUGGGAACUUGGUUUGGCUUGUACUAGCUACAUCCGAAGCUAACCAUGAGCCCACAAUGCAUGGUUUGGCGACAAGGGUGCGGGAAUCGACAUCAAAAGUCAAUAGCGAGUUUGUGGAAAAAUCACAAGGCGAUGAAGGGCAUCUUGUGAUGCAAAAGUCGCUGGAAGACUUGGUGGAGAUCCUGUCGAAAGAGACCAUGGAUGUGUACGGUUUCACGAGCCUGUGCAAGUUGGGUUACUAUGAAUUUAAUUUUGGUUGGGGGAAACCGAUAUGGAUGACAGGUAUAGUAGCCGAAGGGAGCCCGGUGUUCAUGAACAUGGUGAAUAUGUUGGACAUGAAAUCUGGUGAAGGAGUAGAAACAUGGGUGCACUUGGAUGAACCGGAAAUGGAGAUACUAAUGAAGAAUCAAGAGUUACUUGCAUAUGCUUCGUUAGAUCCAAGUCCAUUGAAAAAUGGAAAUUGA